AUGAAAAGCUUGUUCUUCUUAGCCUUAGCGUCUACCGCAUCGAACGUUAUCCUCUCCGAUGAUCAAUUUGGACGCCAUCUUUUCCAGCAAGGCAGUCGAUACUCUAAUAACUUUUAUAGAAGACGCUAUAGUCCUACAAGCAAUUCCGUUCUAGGAGUUCCUCCUGACACUAUUUGCUCCGCUGACUCGGAUUGUGCCGGAUAUCCCUUAGCUUACUGUGAUGGGGUUUGUCGUUGUAAUCAAGGAGCUUUGAAUGCUGGAUCAACUUGUAUAUCUAGUGGAAACGCUGUGCAGCCAGCCGGCUCGUGCCCACCUGGUCAAACAUACGUCACAGAAACCGGAUCAUGUAUGACAGUUCAAAUGCCUGGUGAACCAUGUCAAUAUUCCCAACAAUGUGCUGCUGCUGAGACAGGAGCGUUUUGUCUUCGCUUGAAAUGCCAAUGUAUUUAUGGAAUGAGAGAAACAGGGGGUGGAUGCACUUUUAUCGACAAUCAGUGUACUAAGAGGGGAUCUAUUUUCAUCUCUGAGCUGGGCGAAUGUCGAGAUGUCAUCCCUCCUGGAGGACGUGGAUGCUCUCAUAGCCUCCAAUGUACUUCGGCAUAUCAGGAAUCAACUUGUUUCCUUCAAACAUGUACUUGCCCUCCUACACAUCCAGUUGCCAUAGAUGGAACAUGUGGAAGGAAUUGUUCAGCAGGAGAAACUUAUUCGGGAGUAACUGGUCAAUGCUUACCAACUGUUCAGCCAGGAGAUCAAUGUUUAUAUUCUUCUCAAUGUCAUUCAAUUUACCCGGGGAUGAUUUGUGAACGAAGUCGUUGUCGUUGUCCAAACGGAAUGGUGUUCUCUGGUUCAAAAUGCUCACAAACAUGCCCCACUGGCUUCAUAAUCAAUAGCAGAGGUAUAUGUAUGCCAGGAUGCCGGACAAAUCAAGUAGAAUUUGAAGGAGAGUGUUUGGACCAAGCUGCUCCAGACUCUCCUUGUGUUGUAAAUGCUCAGUGUAUUGGUGGAGCAAGUUGUCAAAACGGAGCAUGUACUUGUCCUAAAGCGAUGGUUGCACAAGGAAACGUGUGCAAACAUGCUGAAUCAGCUCCUCUGGAAUCUUGUGCUGAGGGGCAGCUUUGCACUGGUGGAUCGUUUUGCUCCAAUGGAAACUGUACGUGUCCUGUUGGAAGACAAAUUGUUAACGCUCAAUGUGUGACUCCCCAAACAGUCCCUCCUAACAGUCCUUGUAACCCCUCCGUUAGUUGUGGCGGAGGCUCUGUAUGCCUAAAUAGUCUUUGCACAUGUCCCACAAAUCAGCAAAUCGUAGAUGGAAGAUGUCAAGUUCCGAGAUCAGUGAAUCCUGGAAACCCUUGUCCUACGGGAUUUGAAAGAUGUCUCGGACAGUCGACUUGUACUAAUGGAGUAUGCGAAUGUCCUUUCGGGACCUAUCCAUCACAAUCAGAAUGCCUCCCAAUCCGAUCAGCCCAAGCAGGAUCUCCUUGUAAUGCGAAUAUUAGAUGCCAAGGGUUAUCCAUUUGCGUGGAUGGUUUCUGUCAAUGCCCUUCAGGAUUAACAAUAGUUGAUGGAGAAUGCCGCGCAGCAACUCAAGUAGCUCCCGGCUCCAGUUGUGCUAAUAACGAAAUUUGUGCCGGUGGAAGUGUUUGUAUUGGACAGGUAUGUGCUUGCCCUCAAGGGACUCAAAUAUCUGAUGGGAUCUGUCGAAGGGUUGUAUCAGCAUCUCCUGGGCAAUCAUGCUCGCAAAAUGAGAUAUGUUCGGGUGGUUCGAAUUGUCAAAAUAGCGUAUGUGUCUGUCCACUGGGUACUGUCAACUUUCAAGGAUCUUGCCGAUCCACAGGAGCGUCCUUGGGUCAAUGUGACAGUCAGCAGCAGUGCUCUGGAGGAGCGUAUUGUGAUGUAUCCAGGAAUCAAUGUGUCUGUCCAGAUGGUACAAUCUUAGUAGGAUCUUUAUGUAUUCAUAAUCAACAAUUGUCCACUACUCUUGAUACUUCGUGCACCUAUGACGCCGAUUGUCAACGUGAAAGAGUUUGCGUGAUGAAAAAAUGUCAAUGUAUGUUUGGAGAGCUAUCAGAUGGAAAUUGUCGGAAUUUAUGGUCUCAACGGAAGGUUUUGAGAUCUCCAUCACCACAGAAAAACCCAAUGAGGUUAUCUGAAGAAAAACGGAAAAAAAUCAUCCUGCCAGCUUCACGCUUUGUGGAUUCCUCUGCUCUGUCUGAGACUAAACCCCGAAAAAAUCACGUUGAUAUCGGUGGGAACUGCUUACGAGUCGGAAUAGCGUGUGGAGGAGGAUCUAUAUGUGUCGCUGGACACUGUGUUUGUCCAUUGGGAAUGACUCCUAGCAAUAAUGUUUGUGUUCAACAUCGUACAGCUCUUCCCGGAGAGGCAUGUGGAAACGGAGAAGAUUGCAUAGGUGAUUCUGAAUGCGAUUUAACACACAGACGUUGUGAAUGUGUGAAAGAAACUCAAAUGAUAAUAGGAAAAACAUGUCAAGAGAGAUUACGCUCUCACCCCGGCUACCCUUGCUCGAACAAUGAGUUAUGUGUUGGAGGUUCAUCCUGCCGAAAUGGUAGAUGCUCUUGUGCAGAAAAUGAAAUCGAAGUUAAUAAGCAAUGUGUAUAUAGACAGUUAGUUGCCGCUGGUGAAAUAUGUGGCAACGGGGAAGAAUGUGGAGGAGGAUCAGAGUGUAACUACUCCCUGAAGAAAUGCACUUGUAAACGUGGCUAUCAGCUCUUGGAUGGAAAAUGUGUUUAUCUAACCGUCGUAGGACCCGGAGAUUCAUGUGCUUCAAAUCUUGUUCGUUGCGGAGGAGGUUCGUACUGUGCGCGAGGCCGCUGUGAAUGCAGCCCUGCAACCGUUCCAGUUGGUGGCAAAUGCACCAAACAAAAACAAGUGCCCCCCGGAAAUGUCUGUACAUCAACGGACACCUGUACAGGAAAGGCUGUUUGCCGAAAUGGAAUAUGUCAAUGCUUGUCGGGAAUGGUUUUACGUUCUGGAAGUUGCGAAGUUAGGCGUAAAGUUAUGCCAUCUGAAACUUGUCAACCCGGUGACGAAUGCUUAGGAGGCUCGAAAUGCAAUGGCUUCAUUUGUGAAUGUCCUCCUGGACAAAUAGGAAGAGAUGGAGUGUGCAGACCUCGUCAAACACGAAGACCUGGACAAGUUUGUCAUCCUGAAGAUAUUUGCGUAGGGUUAGCAUAUUGUUUGGACGGUUUGUGCCAGUGCAAAGCCGGAGAGCGAAUUAAAGACGGCAAAUGCAUCAGAGGAAAAUACAUCAUUGCUGGUGGUUCAUGUACCGCUUUCGAUGAAUGCCAAGGUGGUUCUGUUUGUAUUGGCGACAUAUGCUCUUGUCCCCAAGGAAAAACACUGAUUGGGCAGCAAUGCAAAGAAGUUCGGAGAGUCCCUCCUGGUCAACCAUGCAAUCAAACGUUUGUCUGCGAUUUUGGUUCAGUUUGCGAUGAAGAGAGACAAAUGUGUAAAUGUCCUGAUGGCGCGCAGAAUAGAUCUGGCAGAUGUUUAAUAGUUGCCGACCGUGAUAGGAAAGUUCCGAUCAUUGUCCCUGUAAACCACAAGCGUGUAAGCAUACCAAGCCCAUUUUCGCCUUCAAAAACAAUAUCGACCACCAUUGCGCCUCGCGGCACAACAGCUAGCAACACGUUAAGUUGUCUUCAUAACUCUGAUUGUGGGCGUGGUGCAAUUUGUCGGGGUGGAGCAUGUGUUUGUCUGAGUAAUAUGAUUAUGAAAAAUGGAAGGUGCAUACUCAUUCAACCAGUUUCCAAUCGGAAGAGACGAUUACUAAAAGAACCUUGCGUAACGGAUGAACAGUGUGCUGUCCAAAAUUCAUUUUGUCUCCCAAUCGGAAUAUGUGGAUGUCAACCUGGUUUCCGCGUUUUUGGAUCAACUCAGUGUAUCAGAAGAAUGGAACCUCUGAGCGCUAAAAGCUUUUCGCUUCCAACUACAACAAUGUCUACAGUAUCAUCCCCUCGUUCGCUAUCUCAAAGGACCAGUUCAACAACAUCGUUCACACCAAUACCUUCAACCACUGUUUCUUCAACCGCCCCAACAACAACUGUUACGAUCUUCCCAGUGAAAAGAACUACGAUCGAGAAAUCAGUUGAAACUGCAGAGUCUUAUGGCUCAAAACCUACCGAAAUUGUUCAAAGAUAUGUUCUUCCUGGAGAAGAAUGUAACAGGCAACUAGAAUGCAUUGUGGGAUCUGUUUGCAUUGAGGGAAUAUGUCGGUGUCCUCCAGCAUUCUUAUUGGUGAAUAAUAUGUGCAUCCGAAGGAAAACACAUAUAGUCGUUCCUCCCUCAUCGAGCUGUGCAUUGGGUGAAACUUGUGGAGGCAACAGUAACUGCCAAGGAGGAAUUUGCAUUUGUAUUGAUGAAUUUACGCUCUUCCGAGGAGAGUGUAGAACAUUACCAGAAAUACAUUCUCUGAUUGAACGAGAAUCCUUCAUAAGGCUAACCACUGUUCCUGUGCGUAAUAAGUUUCAUAGUCUGAAAACUACGAAAGCUCCAACAUACUCUACAAGUUCUUUUGCGACAAUCACUACCACUGUAGAACUACCAACCACUACUCCUCUUUCGACAUCUACAAUAGUAGCGACAACCGAAACAUCAACUACAGAAGCAGCAAUAACGACGACGACCGAGAAGUCGUCGAUUCCCUCUUCCACUGCCCAAUCUGCGAUAACAUCCGUUAUCAAGGAGACUGAAGGGACCACUAAGGCUCCUAAGACAUCUCCUCCAGCUCUUCCUUACAUUAUUGAUCCCUUCAUGCCAUUACCCGCAGUUUCUACAGUUUUAACUCCACGUCCGUCAUCUUGGUUCAAAAUUGCGAAGCCAGGACAUAGUUGCGAUGUCAUGACAUUCUGUACUAACUGUUCUAUUUGUAUUGAUAACUCAUGUCAAUGUCCUGAAGGUUUAGAGCUUCAAGGGGGGAAAUGUUUAAGUCCUAUAGAUGCUCGUACAUGUAUUGCGUCUAAUCACUGUCCAUCAGGAGCCGAAUGUGUUAGUGGCGUAUGUCGCUGCCAACCAGGUCUUGCACUUAGUCGCUUUGGUUUCUGUAUACCGCUAACAUAUGUUGAUCCUGGUAUGUCAUGCUUGGAAGGUGAGAAAUGUCGAGGUGGAAGUGACUGUCGAGAUGGCAUCUGUGAAUGUCCUGAUGGAAUGAAUAUUCGGGAUAAUAGAUGCGUGCCCUUCUCUCGAGUAAAACGAAGGAUUGCUGUGGAUAAUAUACUUCGAAAAGAUGAUAGCGAAUUCUCCGAACGAAUGGUCAAUGCUGAAAAUAUCAUGAAGCAAACGGUUUCCGCACGCUUACCUCUAGGAGACCGAUGUUCUUCUUUGUCAAGUUGUGCGAAUGGAGGAAUUUGUUCCUCAGGCAUUUGCCAAUGUCGAGAAGAAAUGGUUCAGGCAUCUAGUAACUGUAUAUUGAAAUCAACAAUUUCUUCUCAAAUAGCGAAACCAGGUGAUCGUUGCCAAUCUGGUGUUUUUUGUGACGGUGGCGCAAGUUGCGUCAGCUUUCAAUGCAUGUGUCCAUCUGGAUAUUCAAUUGUUUCUCGUGUUUGCAGUCCCGUGCUCUCAAAAGCUCUUGAGAGCUGUAACAAAGGGGAAAGAUGCAGUCACGGAUCCAUAUGUAUUGCUGGUGUAUGUACAUGUCCUAAAGGAUUUAUUGCCAUUGAAGGCAACUGCAUAUCUGCCGGAUCUUCUAACGUUGCUAAAUCACCAGGUAUCAACUGCGCUUUAAAUCCGAACGUGUGCACAGGAGGCUCGUAUUGUAUACAAAAUGUGUGCACUUGCCCUGUCGGAACAGAGAAUAUUGGAGGUUUUUGUUUGCCACCUACAUCAGGAGUUGUCAGCUAUGCUUCCCCGGGAGGCAUCUGCGUAGAAGGACAGAUAAUUUGUACAGGCAACUCGGUUUGUGCGAAUGGCUUUUGCGUUUGCCCGGGCGGCGAACAGAUUAGGAAUGACAUUUGUGUUUCGAUUGAUUCACAGGCAGAUCCUGGACAAAUGUGUGAAGCGGGAAUAACAGUCUGUACCGGAAACUCAUUGUGCCAAGACGGAACAUGCAAGUGCCCUGAAGGACAAACAUCUUUGAAUGGACAGUGUGCGCUCAUCACAAUUGUUAACACUACACCUAAUCCAUCUUGUACUUUACAAUGUCCACUCAAUUCUUACUGUUUCAGUGGACGUUGCUAUUGCAACCAAGGUUAUUCUCUUGUUAAUGGUCAAUGUGUUCUUACGAAUAGCUGCCCUAAUCCCUGUAUGGCAAAUUCUGCUUGUCAACAAGGAGCAUGCGUAUGCAAUCCUGGGUAUAAUCCGAGUGGAAAUCAGUGCCUACCAAGUUAUGAACCUUCCCCUGAAGUCGGGUUACCAGGCCAACAGUGUGAUUUGAGAGUUGGGGCAAUGCUCUGCCGUAAUGGGGCUCUUUGUGUUAAUCAGCAAUGUGUUUGUCCUACAAAUAUGGUGGUCUACCAACAGUCAUGUGUUCAAUACCUGUCGGAUUCCUCGCCUGGGCAGAGUUGUGCAUCUCCAGGUAUCAUCUGCAGAGGAGGUUCUUCCUGCUCCGCUGGAAUAUGUAGAUGUUCAUAUGGUUUUUAUCCAAAUAAUGGAAUGUGCUCACCAAACUUCGUUUUCACUUUUGUAGCUAAUCCUACAACAACCCCCACGCCAUACCCAUUUGAAUUACGUCCGGGUUCUCCUUGUGAUGCUAGAUGUGAAUAUUCACCUUGCCUCCAGCGAUGUGGUGCUGGAUCCCAAUGUGUGAACGGAUUUUGCACAUGCCCUGUAGGGAGUUAUGAGUUUGAUGGUUUAUGUGUUCCUCUAGCAAUUGAUCCUGUCACAACGUUUUCUCCUAUUUCUACAGCGACUUAUAGAACAGCAAGACCAGGCGAUAGAUGCGAUAUUAGCAUAUUAUGCACAGGUGGAUCGUCUUGUAUUGUAGGAACCUGCACUUGUGAUGAAGGAUAUACACCAAACAUUGACCGUACUUCGUGUAUGCUGAUUAAUAUGCCUCAACAACAACGCUCUUAUCCGGGGGAAUCGUGUUCUGCAGAUUCAGAUUGUAUUGGAAAUUCUUUCUGCACUUCCAAAGUUUGCUCUUGCAUGAAUGAUGAAGUUGUUAGAGAUCGCAAGUGCACACGCCGUCGGUCGAAUCAAAUAAUGUAUCCCGGUUCACCGUGCACUUCAUCGUCUUCGUGUCAAACUGGAUCCCACUGUGUUCGAGAAUACUGUAUCUGUAUGCCUGGUUAUACAACCAAUUCAAAAGGACAGUGCGUUCCUGAAAGUUUAUCAGACACUAAAUCAGCACUUCCUGGUGCUUUUUGUGUUGUGGGAUCACACCCAUGCGAAGGCGGCUCCUGGUGUAAUGAUGGAAACUGUUUAUGCCCAAUUAGUACAUCUAAUCGAGGUAAUGGUCGAUGUGUUAAUGGUGAAAACAACAGAACGUCUUCCAAUGAUGUGCUCCUUGGACAGCCUUGUAGUUUACAAACGGACUGUUCUACAACUCUACUGCACUCAACAUGUAUCAAUUACCGAUGUCGGUGUGACUCUGCUUAUGAAGCUAAAGAUGGACAAUGCGUUCUACGUUCUUCGUCAAAAAAAGCUUGUGCAUCAUACCGAGACUGUGACUCUCCACGUGUUUGUUCAUCAGCUGGCUUUUGUGAAUGCCCGUUCACGAUGACCGAAAUAGAAAAUGGGGUUUGUGUAUACACGAACAAUGAAGUUCCAAAUGGCUCAUGGUGUGAUUCCGUGACAGUAAAAUGCCAAUCUCCUUCUGUUUGUCAAAACAGUGUUUGCUCCUGCCCCUCAGAUUAUAUCCUGAGAGAUUCUCUAUGCAUUCCACGAUCUAACUCAUUAUUCUAA